UAGGCGUUAGUGAAAAUAUGUCUUAAAAUCUUAAUAGCUGGAGUAGACUCACUGGCAAAAAAAACGCCACAUUGCUCUUGGUUGAUAGCAAGGACAGGGUGCAAUUCUUCUACUGUCCGUUAGAGGGCGAGCACGAGGAACAAACAUCCACAGUAACAAAGCAGCAUGGAGCAGAGGGGCUAGGGGGUGGGGAGAGGGAGGAGACUGGCUGACAGGGCUAUAUUAAAGGCAGGGGACAGACUGGUGCUCCUGCUUUCCACCAGACCGCAACCCCAUGGGCUGCUGCCCCACGCUGUGAUUGGCUGGGACUCUCAGGCUGCUGCAGGCUCAGUUCUAUAGGCCUGGACUUGCCGUGAUUGGCUGGGAUUGUGAGGACGCCGGUUACCAUGGAGGACGGAUGGCAACCGAACGGCACCGCCGCUCCACCGUGCGACCCGGACGCGGCGUGCAACGGCUCGGCGCUGGCGCUCCUGACUCCGCCCCUGCUGGUGGACGCCUGGCUGGUUCCCCUGUUCUUCGCCAUCAUCAUGCUGCUCGGCCUUGUGGGAAACUCCCUGGUCAUCUACGUGGUCACCAAGCACCGGCAGAUGAAGACGGUCACUAACUUCUACAUCGCGAAUCUGGCAACCACUGACAUCCUAUUCCUGGUGUGUUGUGUUCCCUUCACUGCAACCCUCUACCCCCUGCCCAGCUGGGUGUUUGGGGACUUUAUGUGCAGACUGGUCAACUACCUUCAACAGGUGACGGUGCAGGCGACCUGCAUCACGCUGUCGGCCAUGAGCGUGGAUCGCUGCUACGUGACCGUUUAUCCUCUUCAGUCCCUACGCCAUCGAACGCCACGCAUGGCCAUGGCCGUCAGCAUCGCCAUCUGGAUAGGGUCGCUGGGACUCUCUGUGCCUGUGGCGGUGUACCAGCGGCUGGAGACGGGGUACUGGUACGGCCCGCAGGUGUACUGCACCGAGUCCUUCCCCUCCCCCGAGCGCCAGAAGGCCUUCAUCCUCUACACCUUCCUGGCGGUCUACCUGCUGCCGCUGCUCACCAUCUGCCUGUGCCACGCCUUCAUGCUCAAACGCAUGGGCCAGCCCGCGGUGGAGCCCGCAGACAACAGCUACCAGGUGCAGGUGCUGGCGGAGAGGGCGGAGGCUGUGCGGACGCGGAUCUCGCGCAUGGUGGUGGUGAUGGUGCUGCUCUUCACCGUCUGCUGGGGCCCCAUCCAGCUGUCCGUCCUGUACCAGGCCCUCCACCCGGCCACGCGCAGGAGCUACGCCCUCUACAAACUGAAGAUCUGGGCCCACUGCAUGUCCUACUCCAGCUCCUCCGUCAACCCCAUCAUCUACGCCUUCAUGGGAGCGAACUUCAGAAAGUCCUUCAAAAAGGCCUUUCCUUUCAUCUUCAAACGCAGGGCCGGGAGAACAGCGGGGGCCUCGGCCAACACAGAGCUGCACUACCUUUCAUCCGGAACAUGAAGGACUGCAAAAGGCCAGGCUGCAUCACACAUACACACACACAUGUACAUGCACACACACACACACACACACCCACACUCCCUCAGGACAGAGAAAACAGGCUAAAAAAAAAAGCGAUGAAACGUGCCGGGCAAACCAGUCCCCC